AGACAGGUGAGCGUGAUGAGCAUGAAUCUGUCCGCCAAGCUCGACGAGUUGCAACGAGGCGACCGACAGUUGGAGACCACGGUCGCGCUCUGCGAGAUACGUACGCAACUUCAGGAACUUACCAAGAGCGUCGAAUCAUGCCAAAGUGAAGUCUCCGAGGUCAAGCGCGACAUGGUUGCCAUCAAACAAGAGUUGGAUACUGUGCAGCAAGUCAAAGAAGAGAUAGAAGAGCUGCGCGAGUACGUCGACCGACUAGAAGAACAUUCGCAAAGACGUAAGCUAAGAUUACUUGAGCAGGGUCUUACUUUCUUCUUAUCAUACGCCAUCUUGGCCGCGGUGCUCGGGAUGCUGCAAUUUGGUUACAACACUGGUGUCAUCAACGCUCCUGGCAGAAAUAUCGAAAACUUCAUGAAGGAUGUAUACAAAGAUCGCUACGGUAAAGACAUCCAUGAGGACACGGUGAACAGAUUAUACUCGAUUGCAGUCAGCAUCUUUGCUAUCGGUGGCAUGCUGGGCGGAUUUUCAGGGGGAAUGAUUGCAAACCGAUUUGGCAGAAAAGGCGGUCUCUUGCUCAACAAUAUCCUCGGCAUCAGCGGUGCAAGUCUUAUGGGCUUCACAAAGAUUUCACAUUGCUACGAAAUGCUCUUCUUUGGUAGAUUCAUCAUCGGUGUCAACUGCGGUCUGAAUACAUCGCUUGUGCCAAUGUACAUAUCGGAGAUCGCGCCCCUGAAUCUGCGUGGUGGCUUGGGCACCGUCAACCAACUCGCUGUCACCGUCGGAUUGCUGCUGUCGCAAGUUCUCGGUAUCGAACAAAUUCUUGGCACGGACGAUGGGUGGCCCCUCUUGCUUGGUCUAGCUGUGUGUCCUGCUAUUCUGCAGCUACUACUCUUGCCAGCCUGUCCUGAAUCACCACGCUAUUUGCUAAUCACUCGACAGUGGGAAGAGGAGGCACGACGAGCACUCAGGAGGCUACGCGCGAGCAACCAAGUGGAAGAAGAUAUCGAAGAGAUGCGUGCCGAGGAAAGAGCGCAGCAAGCCGAAGCUUCUAUAUCGAUGCGGGAACUCCUUUGCUCACCGACACUUCGCGCGCCCUUGCUGAUCGGCGUUGUCAUGCAACUUUCUCAACAGCUAAGCGGAAUCAAUGCAGUAUUUUACUAUUCAACCUCGCUUUUCACCUCUUCGGGCUUAACCGAGGAGUCGGCUAAGUUUGCAACGAUGGGUAUCGGCGCUAUCAUGGUGGGGAUGACACUGGUCUCUUUACCACUCAUGGACCGCACUGGACGACGUACUCUGCAUCUUUAUGGCCUCGGUGGAAUGUUUAUUUUCUCCAUUUUCAUCACAAUCUCUUUUCUUAUAAAGGAGUUUUUUGGCUAUGUACAGGAAAUGAUCGACUGGAUGAGCUAUUUGUCGGUGGUGUCUACGCUGAGCUUCGUGGUAUUCUUUGCUGUCGGACCUGGCUCUAUUCCUUGGUUGAUAACUGCAGAACUCUUCUCUCAAGGUCCGCGACCAAGUGCAAUGGCAAUCGCUGUCUUAGUUAAUUGGCUCGCGAAUUUCGUUGUCGGAAUUGGCUUUCCUAGUAUGAAGGCUCUAUUGGAAAACUAUACAUUCCUGCCUUUUAGUGUAUUCCUUGCAAUUUUUUGGAUAUUUACGUAUAAAAAAGUUCCUGAAACAAAAAAUAAAACCUUUGAAGAGAUUCUGGCACUGUUUCGUAACUCGAAUGGCAGUGUCGGAGGUGUCGUCGGGCGUGGGCGAGGGUCGGCCGCCGCCGCCGCUGCCUCCACCGCGCUUCCCGACCACCGGCAACGUCUGACAAUGGGAGACCGCUGCGCGUGCGCCACUUGUCGCGCCAAUCAAGGCCGCCGCGAUCUUCUUGUUUCAUGGACUCAAGCGUCAAGCCGCGGGCCGCGCCUCUAUCACUACCACACAACCAAUGUUCUAAAUUGAUGUGAUUAGGUUAAUAAAACGAAUCUAGAAUGUAAGUCACCAAGUAAUUUAUAUAUAGUUCUUUAGUCUGUCAUUUUAUGACAUAAUUUAUAAAGUGCAUACUUAGAUAUAUAAAGUGCCAUCAGAUUCCGGUAAGUACCCAUUUUAAAUAAGGUUUCAUAAAAAAUUAUUGAAAGGUUACGAAUAUUGAACAAAGUUGACGUUAUGAUAUAAUUCUAGUGGAGCUCGACCGAAGUCUUUGAACAACACUAAUACUAGCUUCGAAUAUUGAUAACAUUGAAUGGCAAUGAAAACAAUACAUUAAUUAUAUAAAAAGUAACAGUAGAUUUUUUUUUAAUCUUUACUAGAGAGCAAUGUGAAAGUGUACGAGCUUGAGCCUUUCAUUGACACGCGUAGGAAAUCUAUGAGGACAAAGGACAGAAAACGAUUUUGCCAACUAAAAUUAUAAUAAUCUAAAAUGGGUACCUUUAUGCUUAAGACAAUGAUAAUUGUCACUGAAGUGUAUAAAAUGCAAUGUACAUACAUGAUGUGACUUUAUUGUGUUGUUGAUUUUUAUACAUAGGUAAUUAUAUUAUUUUACGAAUGUUUUUAUUCUCCUUUUACUCAUAAUUAUUAUUAUUAUUGUUAUACCUAAAUAUAAAUUAACGUCAUAUCUCAAAUGAGCGACGUAUUAUUAUAAUAUAUUAUAUUAACAGAAUAAAUUUUAUUCGUACGAUUGGAGAAAGUUACAGUUUUAUUGCAGUUGCGGGAAUUGAUUGUAUAUUUCUAUUAAAUAUUGUAAUUUAUUUAGAGCAAAGAGAAUUUACCUAGAAAACACGAAGCGCAUCAUUUGA